GUCUUGAUACUACACCACUGGCAGCAGCAUGUAAGGAUGGAAAUAUAAGUGUUGUAAAGGAACUACUUAAAGCGGGAGCUGAUAUUAAUCCACAAGGUGCCUCUGAUACACCUCUCACAGCAGCAUGUGAGGGUGGACAUAUCAUUUUAGUGAAGGAACUUCUAGUAGCAGGCGCUGAUAUCAAUCCACAAGGUCGGAAUAAUACACCACUUAUAGCAGCAUGUAAAGAUGGAUAUAUGAGUAUUGUUAGAGAAAUACUAAACGCAGGAGCUCAUGUCAAUCCACAGAGUGAAUCUGAUACACCUCUUAGAGCAGCAUGUGAGGGUGGACACAUGAGUGUAGUGAUGGAACUGCUAGAAGCCGGAGCUGAUAUCAAUCCACAAGGUAAAUAUGAUACACCACUUACAGCAGCAUGUGGGAAUGGACAUAUGGAUGUAGUGAAGAAGUUAAUAGAAGUGGGAGCCGAUACUAAUCCAAAUGGUCGUAAUACUACACCACUUAUAGCAGCUUGUAAAGAUGGAAAUAUAAGUGUUCUGAAGGAACUACUUAAAGCGGGAUCAGAUAUCAGUCCACAAGGCCAUAUUACUACACCACUGAUAGCAGCAUGUGAGGGUGGACAUAUGAGUGUAGUGAAGGAGCUUCUAGAAGCGGGAGCUGAUAUGAAUCAGAAAAGUGAGGUUGAUACACCACUGACAGCUGCAUAUAAGGGUGGGUAUAUGAGCUUAGUGAAUGAGCUGCUGGAGGCAGGAUCUAAUCUCUGUUAA